ACAAUGUAGACUUGUAUAAUGUGUAACUUUAAAUAUUGUAAUUAUUGUCUAAGUGUAAUCAUGUGUAACAAUCCAUUGAUUUAUUUUACAAUAUAUCACUUAAUAUGCGCUUAUUGGUGUGGAUUCAUUGUCGGCUUGCUCAAAAGAACCAGAACCCUAGUAAGAGGGUUGAGGUAUAUUAUUAUUUAUAUAAUAGCCUAAAUUAACACAUUUACUAAAUUGCCAGGAGAAUACUUUAACACAGGAAAGGGAAACAGUUUCCGAUCUAAAAUUAAGGACCACACUUGGGCAAAACUCUAAAUUAGGGUCCACUUAGUUAUCCAAAACCUUAGGGAACUGCCUGAAUAAAGGGUAACUAAAACAGUCCCCUACAUUUGUACAACAAGCUUUAAUUAGAAUAGCUGCUGUUUAAUGCAACACUUAGCAACAUUAUGUCCCGCUUAACAAAUUCCACUAAGGUUUAAAUUUGUAAAUUAUGUAGCUUGCCAGGGCAAAAAAUGCCUGUGCCUAAGUUAUGCUGUCAUUCUUAUUUACUAGUGUACAGUAUCAGUAUAUCUGUGUUCUCCGUGGUCAUAAUCAUGUGACCUCCCUGCUCUGGAGCAGUUGGAGUCUGGUAAUGAUGGAGAGAAUUUGAAUACAGUCAUAACCGCUAGUGGAUGAAGCCAAGAGAAACCUGAAAUGUCUUCAUAGCUAAUGCUGCUUGCUGGAUGAUGUGGGAAAUAUCAUUCAUGACAUCAACAGAGUGUUCCUGGACAUCAUAACUUGCAGAGUCUUCAAAAGUUCCUGGAAAAAAACACAUAACAUCAGAUUUAGCAGAUUAUGUGUGCAUAACUUUUUCCAAAAACCAAAUAAUGUUGGGAGACUUGAGCGCCUUCAUGGAUAUUGGCGUGUUUUUAUGUCCCAAGGAAAAUGAGUCAGAUGGUUGUGUGAACAUCAGCUGCACAUGUUUUCAUAUGCACCCUCGUUAUAUUAAUGGACUGUUUUUACCAUCAAAUAGCAAUGUCAUAGACAAUCACGUUUAUCAUAAACGGGAAGAAAUAUGUAAAGACUUUAAAUAUUUGGCAUUCAGUCAAGGUGACAUGUGGAUACCUAUCUACCCACCUCUAGUUGUAACACUAAAUGCAUCUGAAGAUGAUGACGAAAGUGAUGAAGUGGAAAACAAGAAUGAAAAUGAGGAUUAUGUUGAGCCAAGAGUAAAGACCACAGAGGAAAUAGAAGAGGAAAAAGCUUUGAGUAAUAUAUGCUGGCAAGCAGGACAGUAUUUUCAAGUUAACAAUUCUUAUGAAACACCUUUGCCUAAUUUCAUGGACAGAAGGGAUCAGAUGCAUGUUAAAGCUUCUAAAGACCCGCAGGAAGAUGGUGAUUUUACCCUUUUAAAGGGAUAUAUAUCUGAUAAAGAUUUAUCCAUGUACCUUACAAAUGAAAAACAACACAAUGAUUAGAUGAAGCAAAACAAAGUCAAAAAACCUUUCAGCACAAAUUGAGAAUUUGUCCACACAAAGGAAGAUCCCAGCUACCUGAUUAGAAGUUAGAAGGAGAAGCAAAUGAGAAAGGAGAACAAAAUAAACCUUACAAAAGAUUUUAUUACAAGUGUGUUUUUUUAAUGUCUUUUUGGGUUUACCUUCCCACAUGUAAUGCUGUUUAAUAACUGAUGACACAUCAUGGCAUCUCAGUAGUACCACUGUCAGGCACUUUCCAUUCAAUUGAAUGAGAGGCAGCAGUUGGGGUUGUAUUAGACACUUCUCUUCAGCUGUAGAAAUCCUGUGUUCUUUGUCAACACAUGAGAGC